UUUUAUGAGAAACUGUAUAAGAGUUAUGAAUGAUAAAUACAGAAAAUAAUUCAAAUAAUAUUGUUUCAGUGUGCGUUGGUCUGACAUCACCUGAAAUAGUAAAUAUUCAGUAUCACUAUGUACAAAAUGACCAAAUUGUUUGUUGCUUUAGCUGCAAUCCAGAUAACAAGUGUCAGUUGUAAUCCUGGAAAGCUGAUUCCCGCAUUUGGUAAUGUGAAUCAUGAAGGUAUUGUCAUAAACUGGUUAGGAUUUCAUGGUACUUUUAGAAUGGGCAGAUUCAUAACAGGAAAUCCAAGUGAUGGAGGUUUACUGAUAAAAGUGAAAAUACCAACAGGAGGAAAAGCACUAGCAUUAAUUGAUAGUGGUAUGGGGGUAGGAAGAGUAUAUGCACAUGCAUUGGUCGGUGCUGAAACCGCAUUAGGACCUGGUCUAUCGGCAGGAAUAGGUGGAUCUGUAGGACUUACAGGUAUAAAAUGGGGGUUAUUCACAAUGUCAUCAACUGGAUUUACCAAAACCAAAUUUAUGAAAAUGGGAAGAUACGCCACCACCUUAUUAGAGCUUUCCGAUGGAUUUCUGAAGACAUUAGACACAAAUAAUGUAACACAAUAAUCAACUGAUGAUAUAUCUUCAAUUAUCAUCCUAUGAAAUAUUAUACAAAGAUCAAGCAAAGAUAAUUUGAUGAAUAACACAUUGACCACUAACUGAAUCCAUAGAUGUGAAUAGCAAAAAAAGUUCUAUUAUAUUUUAUAAUUACAACAAAAUUCGGAUUAGAAAUUGUUCUUAUUGCUAUAUUCAUAAAUCUCCUGCGACUAAUACAGAUCCCAAAGUGUAUUGAAUAAAAUAUAGUGGUAGUAUCAAAGAAACAAUAA